CAGGCUGGUGUCCAGAUGGGCAACACCUGCUGGGAGCUUUACUGCCUGGAGCAUGGCAUCCAGCCUGAUGGGCAGAUGCCCAGUGACAAAACCAUUGGUGGAGGAGAUGACUCCUUCACCACGUUCUUCUGUGAGACCGGAGCUGGGAAGCAUGUCCCAAGAGCCAUCUUUGUAGACCUGGAGCCCACUGUGAUUGAUGAGGUUCGGGGAGGAGUCUACCGUCAGCUCUUCCAUCCUGAGCAGCUGAUCACUGGCAAGGAGGAUGCUGCCAACAACUAUGCCCGCGGGCACUACACCAUUGGCAAAGAGAUCAUCGACCAAGUGCUGGACAGGAUCCGGAAGCUGGCUGACCAGUGUACAGGCCUCCAGGGAUUCCUUGUGUUUCACAGCUUUGGAGGUGGCACCGGUUCUGGAUUCACCUCCCUGUUGAUGGAGCGACUUUCAGUUGACUACGGCAAGAAGUCCAAGCUGGAGUUCUCCAUCUACCCUGCACCACAGGUCUCCACUGCUGUAGUGGAACCCUACAAUUCCAUCCUCACUACACACACAACCUUGGAGCAUUCAGACUGUGCUUUUAUGGUGGACAAUGAAGCCAUCUAUGACAUCUGCCGCAGAAACCUGGACAUCGAGCGCCCGACCUACACCAACCUGAACAGACUCAUCAGCCAGAUUGUCUCAUCCAUCACAGCAUCACUGCGGUUUGAUGGGGCUCUGAAUGUCGACCUGACCGAAUUCCAGACCAACCUGGUGCCCUACCCUCGUAUCCACUUCCCCCUGGCCACUUACGCUCCAGUCAUCUCUGCAGAGAAGGCCUACCAUGAGCAGCUCUCAGUGGCUGAGAUCACCAACUCCUGCUUUGAGCCGGCCAACCAGAUGGUGAAGUGUGACCCUCGCCACGGCAAGUACAUGGCCUGCUGCCUGCUGUACCGCGGAGACGUGGUGCCCAAAGACGUCAAUGCUGCCAUCGCCACCAUCAAGACCAAGCGCAGCAUUCAGUUUGUGGAUUGGUGCCCCACGGGCUUCAAGGUGGGCAUCAACUACCAGCCACCCACAGUAGUGCCGGGGGGAGACCUGGCCAAGGUGCAGCGAGCCGUCUGCAUGCUGAGCAACACCACGGCCAUCGCUGAGGCCUGGGCUCGCCUGGACCACAAGUUCGACCUGAUGUAUGCCAAGAGAGCCUUUGUGCACUGGUACGUGGGUGAGGGCAUGGAGGAAGGGGAGUUCUCUGAGGCACGGGAAGACAUGGCUGCUCUGGAGAAGGAUUACGAGGAGGUGGGCCUGGACUCCUAUGAGGAUGAAGAGGAGGGUGAAGAGUAGAGAAGCACCACGCCAAAAGGCCUGUGCUUCUUCCUCUGUUAGCUGCAGAAACCUUUUGCAAUAAACCGUUUCAGAGCCUCUGUGUCUCCCACUAAUGCCCCAGCCGCAUCGGUUUCUUGUCCGGUCAGGUGUGUGGUGAGUGCUUCAGCUCUGCUGCUGGUGCUGCUGUGCUUCCUCCCAGUGCUCUGCCCCAGUCCCAGCUUCUUCUCCACACAGGUAAGAGCCCCUGUGUCUGCUCCCUGGGGCUGUGGCAUGCAUCCCACCCAAUUUGCUGCUCCAUUCAGCAGUGGGUACUGCUUCCUCAUGUGAUGUAUGGUCCUAUGGUGUAUGGCCCCAUCUUGUAUCCUGGAGCUCAGGGGAGUGGAUUUAGUCUGAGCAGGGAGAGAUGAGUGGCUGUUGGGACUUCUCCCCACAUGCAGGGCAGAUAGGCUGUCUGGAAGGAUAGUGGUGGAAGCAGUGGGAGCAGCCUUGCACCCCUGUCCCUGUGGCCACAGUGCAGGACAGGGGGCAUGCUUGGCUCUCCAGUGCAGCAGCUGCACCCCACAAUGGUAUCCAAUGUGGCUUGAACCUCUGUGGCUGCUUUACCGCUGUGUUGUGGUGAGACGAUUAAAGGAGGGGAAC